GGAAGUGAUUUGAAGAGCAGGUUGAUUGGAUACCAAGCUUCUCUACCUAAUAUGACCGAUAUCCUUAGACAAGCUUUGUCGCAUGAUGCAAUGUAUCCUGCUCUCAGCAAAGGUUACGUCAAAUUUGAUAGAUACCUAAGGUACACAGAAAUAAAUGACUAUCUACGUCGAUUGGCGAAAGAUUAUCCAAAAUUAGUUAAAAUCCGAACUCCAGGAAUUUCGUACGAAGGACGUGGAAUAAAUGCAUUGCACAUUUCCUUUGGGAAGUCUGCCAAAAGUGUUAUUGUAAUAACUGCAGGGAUGCAUGCUCGCGAAUGGUCUUCCGUGGCCUGCGCCUUAUAUAUCAUAUAUAAAAUGGUUGAAAAGUCUAAUGAAACCGACUUGUUUUUGAAGGUUUUUGAUUGGAUUAUUCUCCCUGAAACAAACCCGGAUGGGUAUGAGUAUACGCAUACUGAUAAUCCUUUGUGGAGGAAGACUAGAUCUUUACAGAAAAAUAACUGCAAAGGGGUUGACAUGAACCGAAAUUUUGGAUUUCAUUGGGGUGAAAAAGGAAGCGGCAACGAUCCGUGUUCUGAUACAUUCAGGGGUGGAAAGGCUUUAUCAGAAAGUGAAAGUCGAACAAUAGCGAAUGUGUUAUCAUCAGUAAAAGGAAAAUGUUCAUUUUAUCUCGAUCUUCAUUCCUACGGAAAGUAUAUCAUUAUGCCUUGGGGUUAUACAUCGGAACCUAAUCCCCAUUAUAAGCGACUGAAAGCCGUGGCGAUGGCUGGUGCAAACGCAAUUCGUGGUGCCUAUGGUACCGCGUUCUUGCGGGUACUUACUCAGAAACCUUAUAUCCGGUUGCUGGUAGCGCUAUUGAUUAUGCGAUGGGUGUGUCAGGUGUGCCUUUUUCAAUGAUAUUGGAAGCAAGAUCUGCAAGCACAGAUGAAUUCCGUCCCCCUCCUGAGGAAAUUCAAGAAAUCGUUGAUGAAACUUGGGCUGGUGUCAAGGCUAUGGUUAAGAAGCAUGGGAUCCUGAGUGGUUAUCUACGCAGUUUGGGAAGAUUGUCUGAUUCAAUUCUUUAUUCGCAGUUUUUGUUAAUUCAUAUUUUCAAUAAAAUAUUUUUAAGAGUGUUCAGAAUGGG